GAAGCUCAGUUGGUGCCGAGUGUCCGGCCGGAGUGUUGUCGUGUCGUUCUCCUGCAAGCCCUGUUGUGCCCAGACCUGUGGUUGUUUUGUGUGUGAGUGUGUGUGUGUGAUAACUCUAUUAAUAGGUCCUCCAGUUGUGUUGAUAAGGACAGAGUUGCGUGCUGCCACACAAGAAAGAAGGGCAACCGUCCCAAGUUGCAAGUUGCUGACGGUCGUUAGAUAAAAAUGGCCCAAACAGUGGGAAAGUACAUGUGCGUGGCAUUGUUUGUGCUGGUGACGGUUGCAUUGGGUCAGGUGGUGGCCCAAAGUGAAGGAGCCGCUGUGUGGGCCCCAACCUGGGCGGAUACUCUGAAGAAGGACCUGCUGAAGGGUUACGAUCCUUCGAUUCGCCCUUCGCAGCACUACAAUGUGACGACGGUCGAGACUGGCAUCACCAUUACGCACGUGGAGAUAAACGAAAUCAAAUCGACCCUUUCGGUGUACGGAUGGAUGAAGUUUUCCUGGAAUGAUCCCAAACUGACGUGGAAUCCGGCCAGCUAUGGAAAUUUGAACGUCGUCCGCUGGGAUCCGACGAUCGUGUGGCGGCCGGACGUAGUACUGUACAACAAUGCCGGUGGUUCGGAUCAGCAUCACUACGGCGACACCAACGUGCUGGUGUACAGUGAGGGAAAGGUCCUGUGGGUUCCACCGACCGAGUACCAUGCGUUCUGCGAGCUCAACAUGCGUCUGUGGCCUUUCGACUACCAGAAAUGUAUUGUCAAGAUUGGAUCCUGGACAUUCGACGGGUACAUGCUGAACCUUACCAUCGGUAGCGAGCCUCAGAUCGAAACACUGGUCAGCAACUCGGAGUGGAAGAUUGCCAAAAUCGCAGUUGAGCGUAACACCCGCUACUACCCGUGCUGCACCGAGCCGUACAUCGACAUUACGUACAACGUGACGCUCCAGCGCCAAUCCGACACGCACCGGGCCAUCGUGAUUGUACCGGCGCUGGUUAUCAUGAUACUGGCACUGUCCGUGUUCUGGCUGCCGCUGGACGCCGGGGAACGCAUCAUCACCAACGGCAUCCUGGCGCUGAUGGUUACGAUCUAUCUGGUGUACUUUGCCCAGCAGCUGCCGGCCAUUUCCGGGCACACGCCACUGAUUGUUAUAUUCUUCAGCAACACGCUGCUGCUGACCGCGUUCAGUACGAUCAUUUGUGUGAUCGUGAUGAACCUGUCCAAAGCUAAGCAUCAGCAAAGUCUGCCGGGUCUGCUGAAACGUUUGGCCGGCUGUGUCGGACCGUUCGUCGGUGUCGGCAAGAAGCACUUUAGCUUCAGCGACAAGGGCAACGUGGCGCUUGAGAGUAGCGUCGAUCAUGAGUGGAGUAAGUUCGGGCUGGUGCUAAACCGUCUGUCGUUUGUUGUGUAUUGCGUUAUUUUCAUCAUUUGCGCUUUCUAUAGCUUCUAGUGUGUAGGUGGGGUGAACAAGCUAUAGUUCGAUGCAACAAUAUAAUCACGAGCAAUAAACUUGAAAUCCAAUUCAAAUUAUGG